UUUGACGACAUGACAUCUGAUAAGAUCGAUAUGUUUGGAAGCAAAAUAACGUAAUCACAGAGAGAAAAGUCAAAUUUGCGAGUGGUGGCAAUAUCUUCCAUCACGCUAAAUCCGAGCGUCACUUUUCCUUUGACUACAAGAUCAGCAUUUUUCACCUACUCGUAAUUAUCAGGUAAAGUGCAACUGUGAAAAAAUUGGAAGUUGAAUUUGAAUAACAGAAACUAGCGGAGAAAAUUAGUUUUUCUUAUAUGGCAAACUAAACCGUAAAUCAAACCCUUGCUUAAACUGACGCUCUUAAAACAAAAAUAAAAACGAGAAAAAAAAUUGUCGAAAAAUAUUAAAUCUCGCUGAAAAUGGAGAAAAAAUAUAGACGAAACUGGAACUGAAAAUAACAGCAGUGAGAAGUGAAUAAUAUAAAUAUUUGAAGUUAUGAAUCAAAACGCUUCUGAGACCUAAUUAUUGUGGACUCACGAAUUAGUGAAAAUGAUUUCGAAUGUCAGUAGUGCCUUUAGCGGGAGGAGAGAAGCCAUCUGCCUCAUAGCUGUUCUGAUCUUCAUAUUGUUAACUCCGUGUCGGAGCAGCGGAGGAAAAGGCGUGUUGAGAGUUCGCAUUACAAACUUCCAGAAUCCACUGAAUAAAGAUGCCGAGGGAAACUGCUGCAUGAACUUCAGAAGGGCGCCGUCCUGCGAAGGAAGCUGCAGAACGUUCUUUAGGGUGUGCGCUACUCACAGCCCCAGACCCUUGGUCAUCUUUCCUGAAAAUCUCAGAUCUCCCAACGAAACGUCUUCGCUGUCUUCUCUCUUGGCUGCAAGAGAACUAGGAAGGGUUUCGGGGCUUGUAGUGCCUCCGCCUCGUGCCCUGAAACUCAAGACUCGAGGCCGAGGCCCUAGGAGGACGAGGACGAGAGCUAUGCGGUCGAGGGGCAGAGGCAUUAAUCCUCACGUCCCUUGCACGCUGGGCUUGCUGGUGACGGAGGUGGUGACCAACAGCUCUUUGGAUAUCAACAAAGAAGGGGCGCUCGAGAUUACCUUUCCUUUCUCCACGCCCUGGCCCAUAAACUUCAAGUUGAUUCUGGAGGCUUGGCAUGACGUCACCGGACAACUGUUCAAGACUCAGGAGGCUCUCAAAAUUGACGAGCGCGUUGGCAAGCUGAUAAUGCGUCACGUUGGUCGACAUGCCGUCGAAGCAGGCGAGAACUGGUCGCAUUACAAAUACCGUCCAAUUCACACCCAGCUGCACUACUCACUCAGGGUCAGCUGCGCCAGUCCUUACUACGGCAACAAGUGCUCAAAGAGUUGUGAGGAUCUCGGGGAUAAAAACAGCCACUACAUUUGCGACGACAAGGGCCAGAUUCGAUGUCUGGCUGGAUGGAGCGGAGACCGCUGUGACAUCCCAAAAUGUGCCGAAGGAUGUCAUCCCAUCCAUGGCUUUUGCACAGCGCCCGGCGAAUGCCGCUGCUCACUAGGCUGGCAUGGCGAAAAGUGUACUGAAUGCACUCCGCUCCCAGGCUGCCAAAACGGCUACUGCAAUUCCACCAGCUUCGAGUGCAUCUGCCAUGCAGGAUGGGAGGGCCUCUUCUGCUCGCAGCCCACAUGUCGCGACGGUUGUCACAUAACAAGGGGCUACUGCGAAAGGCCUGGCGAAUGCAAAUGCCGCAUCGGGUGGGGCGGUCCCACGUGUGAGGAGUGCAAGCCCCUUCCAGGCUGUGUUCACGGGAACUGCACAAAACCUCUGGAGUGCAGAUGCGAGCCUGGAUGGACGGGGCUUUUCUGUCAGGAACCUGUCUGCAGUGAUAAUUGUAAUAAAGAUCACGGAUCAUGUACUAAGCCGGGAGAGUGUCGGUGUGAUGUAGGCUGGUUUGGCGAAACAUGUGACAGAUGCUUCCCGUAUCCCGGCUGUAAAAACGGAUUGUGCAAAAACCCCUGGGAAUGUAUUUGUAAUCCUGGAUGGAAGGGCAUGCUGUGUGAUGAACCUGAUGAUGGUGCUGGUAACUGCAUUAACAACCCAGGAGCAUGUCUCAAUGGUGGCACUUGUAUAGAUGUCCCAAACACUGGAAACUUCACUUGCUCCUGCCCAUCGUUGUUUACAGGCCAAAGAUGUGAUUAUCUGGCAGAAUUCGCCAUUGACUCUGACUUUGAUCCAUUGGAACCGACGAACUCCCCAUCGCAAAUUCAAAUAGUAACUACAGAUAGCAAUUCAUCCACUGGAUCUUUUGACCUAAGUCUGACUGGGGAAAGGCCUGAUAGGUCCAAGAGACCCCGCAAUGAAUUAACAAAGGAUGAACGACGAAUUAUUCUGCAGAAUAGCGCGAGAAUACUCUUUCGGCAACCAAAGCUUGUUUCGAAAGAGAAAGAAGAACCUGAGAGCCCCUCAUUCAAAGUCAUCGAAAGGAAACUCUUGCCUUUACCUGUAUUCCUGCCGCGUGUCAGUGAAAUUAUUCCUGGAGACGAAGGCCCUACUCGCAUCUUGAAAUCUGUCACAAAGCAACCCACUCCUAUCCUGGUUCUUGAGCCUCGCAGUGAUAGUGACAAUAUUGUCUUUAAAGAUUCCAUCUCUCAGGAACCAGAAAGCCCAAGGAGAAAUCAAAUUGAUGAAAAUCGUCGAUUCAUUAGGCAUCAAGAAGGGAGCCCAGACUUUAUUCCAGGAGUAGACGAUGUUCCAUCUACAGAAUCCGCUAGAAGUCCUCAGUCUAUUAUUCACCCCAGCAACAGGAUAGUUAAGGUGUCCAGGCUCGGUGAUCAGUCUCUAGAAAUAAGUGCCCAUGCUACUGCUCUCCCUAGACCCAACCCAAUCAGUCCCGGAACUCUCAGAACACGAUUUAUUCCAGUUCAGCAGACUGGAGCAAGUAGUAAGCAUGAAGCCCAGCCACUGAAUAGAACUUCGGCUUUGAGCACUGAAAAAUCAGUUACCAUCAAAGUUCAAAAUUCCAGCUCCACAGAGAAACCAGCAGUACCACAGGCUCAGUCACGGUCAUCAGAAUGGUUGUCUUCUGAAUCUUUAACAGAAGACGAUGUUAUUGCUGAGGGCAGCGAAGGAAUCCAGACCUACUACGAAGAAAAUUCUAAUGGACGUGUCCACAUUGGAGACGUUAGAGGUGUAGAUGAUGCUGCUCCCCAUGAAGAAAUUUAUGAAGCUUUCAUUGAACUAAAGAAAGUUUGACUUACUUUUUUGUAAUGACGCAUAUGUAAGUUCCGUAAAUUUACUCUCAGAAGGUUUAGUCAUAUCUUGUUAUGCCCUAAAACAUUGUUUGGAGAGUAUGACAUCACAGCUAUGUUAUGUACAACAUGGAAGAUACUAUAAUAACUUGAAUCCUAGUUAAUAAGCAUCGUGUAAGUAUAAGUGUAUAUAAAGUUUUGCAUAUAGACAUGUUACAUACUGAUUGUGUUAAGCUCUACAAUGCUGAGGAUAUGACAACAGACAUGCAUAGACCCUUCUGAACUGCAUAAGCUACGUGGUUGCUCUGUGGCUGACAUGUGAUAUAGUCUUAAAUCGCUCAAGAAUAACUAAUGACGAAAGAGGAGUUGCUAAGGAGGAUAAACACUUCUAUUAGACAGCCUUUUGAUUAGCUCUGGCAUCAGUGGAGACUGGUUUUAAAGAGAUGUCGGCUAGAAAUGUACCUCCUUAUGUCUACGACCCAGGAUAUAUUGUCAGUAUUUUUUGAGCCUAGUUUGUGGCAUAACUGCUUCAUACUCUCUGGACUCGACUUUUAUGGAACGGGACGUUAAACGUUUCUCUUCUCAAAAAUCGAUCCUUGGCUAUACACAGACCGUACCUGUUUGGAGGAGAGGUGCCAUAUCCUCUCCUAUUUAAUCUGUAAGGAUAUCUGUCUCUCUAUCUGUCUUCAGCUGAUAUCACAUAGUGGACAACUUACCUAUAGAUUUAUGAAACUUAGGUUUUCAUGCUAAGGGCAUGUUUAAUAAACUCAAAAUGACUGUCGUUUCUGACCCAAGUUUCGGUUCAUUUGAGUGUACACGAGACAUUUUUCAGUGACUGGAUAAGACUUACUAAUUUAUGUAAAAUAAUUAUUAUUUUUCAACUUCAGAACAGUCAGGUGACUGAAAUUUUAUGAUAGGUAAGCAUGAAUGCUUGUGAAAAUCUUAAGAUGGUGGUAUAUUACAGUUAGAAGGAUAAACAGUACUGAAUCACACUGAAAUGUUGGCAAUAAUGGAAAGUCUGGGAAGGUGUCGUAUUCAUUAAACAUUGAAAGGAAAUUGUAUAAUGGCUGUAAACAUAGAAGGCGAGGCGAUAGAUUGUUUGCAAUUGGAUAUGAGAAAGUGAACAGACAUUUAUCCAAAAGAAAAAUUAUUAUUUUUGCGAAUAGCAACGGACCAUAGGCCAUUUGAAACAGAUCAGAUUCUUACAUAGAAAUCUGAUCUGUUUCAAAUGGUCUAUGGUCUGUGGUUAUUCGCAAAAAUAAUACUUUUUCUUUUGGAUAAAUUUCUGUUCACUUUUUUUUUAUGUCCCACUGCAACCAGUCUAUUUUUUGCCUCUCAAUUAUGUAACUGACUUGUCGUACCAACACCAUAUUGCCUUCUCUACUGUUUACAGCCAUUUUACAAUUACCUUUCAAUCUUUAAUGAAUAUGACACCUUCGCCGACUUUGCCAUUAUUGCCAAGAAUCAAACUCUAUGGAUGGCAUAUUGAUAAGUAGCUAGAAUCUUAGGUAUAAAUUCAGAACUACUGCAAAUUAAGGAAUUAGUAAUAUAGGUGGUUCUGCAGAAAAGAAAUUGAAUAACGAACAGAAGUGGUGUCAGACCUUUCACCAGAUAACCCAAUCUUGGUAAGUUUACCGAAGUCUUUUCCCUAAAGUGAGUGUUGUGAGUUGACCCUAAGUAUCCCAUGUUUCCUUAAUUAUAGUAGUUUAUUAUAACGUGCGUAGAUUCUACUUGACAAGGCUCACUUUCUCAGGGAAAGGGAAGCUGCUAAAUAAAUUCAUAUAGUUUCAUCAGUGUCUCGUGGAAUAUACUUUAUUUCAGUACUUAAAUUGCUAUUCGAUCCCCAUGUACGUCAGAUACAAGAAUUUAGUUUUGAAUGAACAAAUUUAUGACAUUAUAAAGUGCUUGAAGUAGCUGCCCAGUAAUCAGUCUUGUUCAGAAAUUUGCUCCUGUAAACAGAUUGUGCAAGUCAGUGCAAGAUUUCAUUAUGUGACCUUCCUCCUUUGACUUUAAAAUUGCACUGCGUAGUCGACUAAGGGUUCUUUAUGACUUUCUUCUUUUCUAAAGUUACUGGAAACAGUAGUUGCUCACAACAUUUCAAGUCCCUGUAUAGUUCUAAUUUUAUAUCUGUAGCGAUCUACUAAUUAUCCGUAUCAUUUAACUUUGUCAGACAUCAGUUUUCACAGAGCUUUCAGCUAAGUUAGUUUCUCCUUUCCAUCCAAUAUCUUUCUCCUGUCUGUUCUACAAAACUCUCACUACUACACCAAGUCGCCUUCCGUUUGGUUUUAUUCUGCUUUAUGAUGCCUCAAUUUUAAACGACUUCUGAAGCACUGGACAUGAGGUUAACAAGCAUUCAGCCUUCACAUUUAAUGGCUCUGACUGUGAUGCAGUCAUUGAAGCCGUUCGCCUUCCUCCUCAGUCCUUUAAUUUAUCUCCUAAUUUAUCUUUGUCUUCUUAAUUUAUCAUGUUUACGCGUCUGUGGCUUUCGAGAUAAGUUUUUCAGUCACGCUGAAAGCUGUACUUCACCCACUUUCUUGACACUAUGAUUUUUUAGUUUCCAUUUUACCUCAUUAGUGUUGCUAUUUGUGUUCUCCUUAAACUAUUUUUAGGCUAUUAGUGAUCAACCUGUAGGAACUUAAGAUAACAAAGCAUACAUAUGCCUACUAUAUCUAUCCUCAAGCGUAUCUGUAUAUAGACAAGUACACACACACUCAUAUGUAUAUAUACGUGUGUAUAAAAAUGAACACCUCACCACAAGCGAAAUGUGCCCUCCCUCCCUUUUGACGAGGAAGAUCCUCAAUCAGGAUUUGUGUGUUUCUUGUCAUCUCUUAAAAGAGUCUGUGCCUACUUUUUAGAGCUACUCAUUUAGUAGUGUAGGAUACUGGUUUGAAGCUUCCAUUUCUAAAUGUAGACUUACCAAAUGCUAUGAAACUCGUAUGUCUGCAUGCACAUGAGCAUUUGUAUGUGUGUGUACUGUGUACGUGUGUGUGUGUGUGUGUUAAGAGACAGAGAGAGAGAGAGAGAUAAUGCACAGGAUGGUAGCGACAACGCCCAUAAUUUAGCUUUAAGUGAGAUUUCACUCUAGUUGUAUUUUAUGUAAAGUUUUAAAGUUUCUCUGUAAAUAGAUAUUUUAAGUCUUCUGUAGCAAAAUGGGAUAGUAUUUAUAAUGUGGGCAUAAACAAUAAAAAAAUAUUUUAUAUUU